CAUCAAUUCUUGUGAGCAUGCCGGGCUCCUGCCUGCAGCUCUGUGCUGCUCCUGGCUGUAUGUCUUUGGAGUGAAUGGACAGGCUGGACUCUGCCCUGAAUUCAUGGAGAGAGCGCUGGUACCGCCAACACCCUCUUUGUCACACUGCAACAGGGCUCUAUGAGCACAGGCAAGCCAGUUAGUUUAAAGCCGGACUGUUUACUUUUAUCACUCCUUACGCAUGCUGUGCUCUUGCCAGUCAUCUGCUGGAGUGCUUGGAAUAAUUUGAAACAACAGGCAACAUUUAUUUCUAGCUUUGUGUGUCACGCUUCGCGGGAGCACUCUUAAUUUGCACAUUAUUAUUUACCCAAACUUCUGCGAGGCUUUCCCUAUGGGCUGGGCUGGUUGUGCAUUAGGACAGAUUUAACAUACACUCUUGAUUGGCUGAAACCUGUGAGGGAAGCCACGGUGUUUGCCUUUGCUGUAAUGCCGAGGGGUAUAUUUAGUAGGUAGCCGACCCCGUCAGCGUGACACGUAAUGCGGCGUGGCUGUGCAGCCGGGAGCUGACAGGGAGGAUGCUGCAGGACCCCAGACCGCCAGCCGAAGGAGAGAGGGAGGCUUUCCUCCGUUCCCGGCAGAUCAUUUCCCUGUGUGUCACCGCCAGAGGCACGAGUAUAGCUGUUCUCUGUUUCUUUGGGACAAAAGAAGAGUUUCACUGUUAUGAGCCCAGUGACAAAGUGUCAGUGUAGUGGCACUGCGAGGCUCGGGAGCGGACACUGCCCCGGGGGAUCCUGGCUGAGGAAGAGAGCCCCGUCUCCCUGCUGGGAUUCAGAUGCUGCGUUUUAAUUGAUGUGGAAGAGAUUGACACUGAACAAGUGCUGCCUGACAAGUAAGCAGCGGUCUUUUUGGUCAGGGUUGUGAUUUAUGCUGCUUUUAUCCCAGCUGGGCAGAGAGAUCCUUUGAUGGAUUACAAUCUCGGCAAACUCCAACGCGAGAAGAAGAAUGACAGCUAAGACACUUAAACCAGACUUUUCACCAUCCUGGAAAGGAACUGGCUUCCAGGAUUUGGAGUUUUUUUAAUGCUCUACCUCCCUCUGCUGUUACCAGCGAGAAGUUCCUCGACAAUGGGAAAUCAUGUACUCGCGGCUUCGAUUUCCAUGCUCUCGCUCCUGGCGAUGAUGGGAGACACGGACAGUAAAACAGACAGUUCCUUCAUGAUCGACUCCGACCCCAGCCGCUGUAUGAGGCACCACUACGUCGACUCCAUCACCCACCCCCUCUACAAGUGUAGCUCCAAGAUGGUGCUGCUGGCUCGCUGCGAGGGGCGCUGCAGCCAGACAUCGCGCUCGGAGCCGCUGGUCUCUUUUAGUGCGGUGCUGAAGCAGCCCUUCCGCUCCACCUGCCACUGCUGCCGCCCCCAGACCUCCAAGCUGAAGGCCAUGAGGCUGCGGUGCUCGGGGGGCAUGCGGCUCACGGCCACCUACCGCUACAUCCUCUCCUGCCACUGCGAGGAGUGCAACUCCUAGGGGCGGGUGCCACAGCAGGGAGGGGACUGGCGUGCUGCCGGUGGGAAAGGCUCCCAAGAAACAAUCCAGAGUCAAGCCGAUGCUCCCAGCACACGAUUGCAGCAAGGACAGGACUAACCAGGCUGGAAUGAAUCUGAGAGCUGAAGUGUAAAAUACCCUGGGGUGCUGGAUGGUGGAUGCUGGUACCACGGUGUACAAAGGAGAAAGGGCAAGGACUUGUUUUUGAGAAGCCUUUCUUUUUUUCUGAAAGGAUAUUUUUGAGAAUUCUUCUUUUUCAGGCUCAGAUCUGACUACAGAGCUUUUACUGCUGGCUAUGGGCAGCAGGGGAACAGAGAGGGAGGUCAGCUGGAUGACAGCACUGAGCUCUGGAAGCUGAUACGUUCAGACAGAGGAUGGGCAUCAGUUCCCACAUACAACCUCUUAACCUAUCAAUUUAUUCUCAGUUUCCUACUUAUACUGGCCUUCAAAACAAACUGUGCUGUUGGCAAGGGUCAUGUGUUACUGAUCUAGCAGCCAAGUGCUGGAUGACUUUAACUGUGGUUUAGCAGAAAUUAUAAAUAAACCAUUGAAAAGUGAACUGGAUCUGAAAUGCCAUGCUGGGAAUAUCCAGCCCUAGCCAGCUGAAAUGAUUAUUUGCACCAUGUGUCAUCAGAGUUCAGUGUUUGAGUGACUCUUGAGAAGUGAAAGGUCAUGAGAUUCACUAUUACCCUCUAAAAGCCUAGAAAGGUGACACAUCACAUCUGUCACAAAGGCCAUUAUUCAACCUCUAAAAACUAAUAAAAUAUUAAAAUAGCACAUACUAAAUGGAAACAUUUCUUAACUUAACUUAGACAUAUUUAUGUACAGAACCAGAGCCACCAAAAUGAUGACUAAACCUAGGACUUAUUUUCAUCUAUAGCUCUUAGGCCAUUGAGCAAAUACUAUUUUGCCUUUUAAAGGCAGACAAUCCCAAACACAGGGAAAUCACACUGAUGUCCCUGUAGGAAGUUUAAGGCAGAGUCUGAGUCCCAGUGUUACCCAUUCAACGGCAAGGGCUGUGUUUCAAUUUACUCAAUGAUCUGCUGCUACUUGGUGUCCUGUCUGACUCACCAUUUGGCUUGGCAGCUGGUCCCUAUGCCCACUUGUCCUUUGUGCUCACACAAGGAUGUAAGAGGCUGAGGUGGGGUUAGCACAAGCCUACAAUCUGUAGGAGAAGCUGUCCUACAGCCAGGACAUCAGAGCUGUGGGGUGUUGCAGAGCAUGGGUAGCCAGUGGUUCUCUGCAAGAAGCGAGGCCAUGAGCUGCUUUCCCCUGCAGGACCAUUGCAGAAAGAAAUGCCUCGAGGAGCCGGGUGAAUUGCAGCGUUCGGUAGGGUAUAAGGAUCUCAAAAUAACAGGGGAUCCGAAGUUUGGGAAUGGUAUUUGGUAUUUGCAGAGAAACUCUGUCCCUCCUCCAUUAACAUGAGAUGUUAAGGAAGGUUCAUUCACAGUCUCUUGUGUCUGCAAGGAAACAACAUAAUUGUUCUUGUCUAA